AUGAAUCGGACUUUGAGAAAGAUAGUCCGUGUGCAGGCUUUUGCGAGGAAACAGAUGUUCGACGGUUUGUUUCCAGCUUCGCCGUCGGUGUUUGCGCUUCGUUCAUCUCUUCUAAAUCUUCCAGAGUGCUCCCAGGAGUAAGAACUUCAAGAUGAGGAUGAAGAUAGUCAAUAUCGUUCUCGCUACUGGUUUCGAACUUGUGAUCAGUCGACACAGUUCCUCCAGGAGUAGGCGUCACACCGGAUUGCAAGUCUUCGAUAGCCGAUCGAAGAUCACACAACGAGAUGACACCAACAAGUCGACCGGCCUUCGUCACGUAUGCUCGUUUUAGGCCGAGUAAGGAGAACAAUGAAUGCACAUCUUCUCCAUGCAAAUCGAACUCAGUAUCCUGAUCCUUUUUGCUCCUGCCCUUGCGAGUUAUGGAACGGAAAACUUCUCCGAUGGUAUGGUAAGGAUCCGCCUGAGACUGCACUCCGACUGUGGCUAAUCGCUUCGUGCCCAUUGCGAGAAUUCUUUGCUUUUGAUAGUCAGGAAUGGGAACACCACCGGAUGAGCUGAAGACCGCCGAACACAUAUUGUCCGUCUUCACAGAUAGUUGUGGUAUCGUUCCAUCGUUACUUGUAUCAGCUGCUUUUAUCGUAAAGCGUUUCGUGCCCAUCGGAGAUGUGAUAUCAGAGACCUUAGAUGUCAUUAAGUUCCCGGUACCGACCACGUGAUACCGCCUGCUCAUGUCAUUGAGAACACCACGUAUUCUUUGCGUCGCCUCAGCCUGUCUCGCUCUCACACCUAAUUUCGACUGAAUCAGUUUGAAGAGAUGUGGACGAGUCACCGACCCCAGCAAAACCAUCGAAUGCUUAUUUUCCACCAGUGGGAAUGCUCUCACAUGAGCCAUUUUCAAGAUUACAUCCUGCACCUCACCAUAGGUCGAGUCUUUGCCCACGUACGCGACUGGAGUAGUCAUGAAUUGUUCAGCUGAUAGAGAAUGGUACCAACUACAGCAUAGGCACCAGGGUGAAUAACGCGAGAAUUAUCGCCCGCAAUUACAUGUGGAUACCACACACGAAGUACCUCGCCUGUGUAUCGACCAAACGCUCCUCCAAGUACGAAAACUGGCAUAAAUAUCCCUGCUGGAACUGGAAGAGUUGAAGCGAUUAUUGAUAAGAUAAAAAAUGUUAUUUGAAAUGCAACAAGUGAGUGGAAAAUGCUUAUGUCCCCAUUUGGUCCAAUCCACGACUCGUUGACUGCUCGAGGACAUGAGUACGGAGUGUCAUGGAUCCACGAACAAGCGAUGAAGAAAUCAUGCACUGUGUGACUGAAUACUUCCUCACCAGCAAGAUAUUUUCCAAAGCCUAG